CGCUUUCUGGUUCAAAGAUAAGGAGUUGUCAUUGGCCUUUGGGCUGAAAGUGGCCUUCUCUCGUCUUGGCAGUGUCUGCAGCUUUUUAUUCAUCCAAUCUUUUGAAUCACGUUUUGGGCUGCAGUGGACUCUUUGGGCAGCAAGUUCAUUCAGGAUAAGUAUUCUAGGUACAGUAAUCAGGAAGCCUCCUACAUCACUGGUGCUAUGUUCAAUACCUCAAUGCUUCUACUACCCAUAGCUGGAAUCCUCAUUGUUUACAUAGGAUUAAGAGGAAUACUCAUCUCGAUAUGUGCUGUGUUGACAGUCCAUUUUUGCUCUUUUGGCAUUCACCUUCGUACCAUCAGUGGUUUCAAUGAUAUGGCUGGGAGUCACCUAUUCAUUUGCUGUUGCAAGUCUGUGGCCCUCUAUCAUUUUAGUGGUUCCUUCGGCAAACCUUGGAACAGCUUUAGGAAUCACUACUUCAGUGCAAAUGAUUGGUGUUGGUGUUUGUAACUUGAUUGUUGGACGGAUACUUGGAAACAAAUUCAGAAGGAGAUGGACCAGAUUUCAUCCUCCUACUCCUUGCUGUCAUAACAAAGGCUGUGUAUGGUGGGACUGAGGAACCAGCUGUACAUGAAGAAUCUCUUAGAGAAAGCCUUCAAAUUCAACCCCGUCCAUCUUGGUGGAUGUAACCCGGGGCUAGCGCCAUGGAUGUAAUCAUGACGAAGGACGGUCCCAUCGUGUGCUGAUAGGAGGCGGCCGGUGACCCGAGGCCGACCAGUCAGCCCCGGCGCGAGGGUAUCACCGCGUUCAGACUUCCGUGUUGUUCCCGGCGAUGACGUCGGCUGUCGCGCUCAGCGGUGCAAGGACGCCUGCGUCUGAAACUGAGAACAAAUACCGGAACACUCGGACUCGUCAAAUCCGGCUUCGGGAACGGAGCAGGUUCUCCAACAUGGCUCAGCCAGCAGAAAGAGCCUAUUACAGGUUCUUGUUACUAAUCUUCAACUGUCUGCCAGGCUUUGCUUCCUACUUCUGCUACACAAUUCCCAGUGUGCUUCAGGACAAGUUCCAGGGGAAUAUCACUUGUUUUAAUUCUACCGUGACUAAUGGGACAGCAGAUUGUGUGAAAGGAUUGGGAAUGACCCCAGAGCAGUUCAACCUUCUCUUUGCUACCUAUGCAUGGAUAAAUGCUGUGGUGGUGAUACUGGCUGGGUUCUUCACAGACAAGCUGGGAAAUUGCAUUGGUGUCAUCUUGUUCUACUUUAUUAUUAUGCUGGGCUCGGCUACCUUUGCUUUGGGAUCCCAUUUCAAAGGCACCAGUUACCUACUGCCAUUGAUGAUCAUUGGCCGAUUUCUCGUUGGCUCCACCAGUGGGUCAUUCUAUCUUGUUCAGGACUGUAUUUUCGCUUUCUGGUUCAAAGAUAAGGAGUUGUCAUUGGCCUUUGGGCUGAAAGUGGCCUUCUCUCGUCUUGGCAGUGUCUUCAGCUUUUUAUUCAUCCAAUCUUUUGAAUCACGUUUUGGGCUGCAGUGGACUCUUUGGGCAGGAACUUUGCUGUGUGUUCUUGGCUUUGUCUCAGCCAUCAUCGUUGGCAUCCUGGACAGAAGUGGGGCAAAACAGCUGGGACUUGACGUUGUCCACCAGCAGGAAUCCAAAAAUGUGAGACUAAAGGAUAUUUGUCAUUUGUCUCUCCACUACUGGCUGCUGGUGCUUACCAUCAUGUUCUUUUAUAAUGGAUUCUUUCCAUUUAUUGCUGAUGUCACGCAUUUAUUUUUCAGCAAGUUCAUUCAGGAUAAGUAUUCUAGGUACAGUAAUCAGGAAGCCUCCUACAUUGCUGGUGCUGUGUUCGAUACCUCGCUGCUUCUACUACCCAUAGCUGGAAUCCUCAUUGAUUACAUAGGAUUAAGAGGAAUACUCAUCUCGAUAUGUGCUGGGUUGACAGUCCCUGUUUUCGCUCUUUUGGCAUUCACCUUCGUACCACCAGUGGUUUCAAUGAUAUGGCUGGGAGUCACCUAUUCAUUUGCUGUUGCAAGUCUGUGGCCCUCUCUCAUUUUAGUGGUUCCUUCGGCAAACCUUGGAACAGCUUUAGGAAUCACUACUUCAGUGCAAAUGAUUGGUGUUGGUGUUUGCAACUUGAUUGUUGGACGGAUACUUGGAACCAAAUUCAGUGAUCCGAAGAUCCCAGUGUGGCGCUGGCAGUGGAUGUUGAUCUUCAUGCUGGCCAACACCAUCUGCUGUUUCAUCACUUCCGUCAUUCUCAAUAUAGUGGACACAAGACAGGGUAACACAUUGAACAAAACCACCAAGCAGCUUGAGACUACAAAAGAGGAAAACCAAACAGCUUCAGAGACAUCUCCUCUGUUAACAGACAGAGACAAUGACAACUGAGGAAUGAUUUAGCUGUUUUGAUUUGAGAGAGAAAAUGGACAAUUCUCCAGAUUAACUGGUUUCUUUUCUGUUAUUGAAGUGUGAUUCUCCCAGUAUGAUCAAUUGUCAUGUCACAUCAAGAUCAACGUAUUUUUAACUGAACAUAGAUCAUAUGUUCCUAUGGCCCAAGAUGUUGUGCCGACCUUUUAACAACUCUAAGAUUAUUCUGUCUCCUCCCUCCCACGUAGUCCUCCAAUUUUUUUUCAAUCCAAGUGCUUAUCCAAAAGUCUCUUAAAUGUCCCUCAUAAAUUUGACUCUUAUGGGUAGUUUAUUUGUUGCAAUUGCUGCAGCUUUUUGCUGUAAGACUACAGAUAAUCUUUUGAUCGUUGUCAAGGAAUAAAAGAAGCUGAGUGUUUCUGUUCCUCUGUUUUGAACUCACUUUUGGGAUUGAUGCUCGUAUAUUUACAAAAGUGUGUUUUACAAUCCAAAAGGACUUGUCAGGUAAAUAUGCAAUGUCAUGCCAUGACAUAGCCUUAAUACUUCAGAUGUCUUAGACACUACGUUGAAGUAUAUUUGCUUUUAGUGGUUAUAUGAUGUUACUCUUACUAGUUCUGAUUUAAGAGAAACAUUUUUAUGCAAGUGGGAGAGAACUGUGUGUAUAUCUGUUUGAAUAUAUUUUUCUAAUUCAGGAGUGCACUUGAUUUUACACAAGAUAAACAUUAUUGAAUGGUUUUAUGAGCAGUUUGGUCAAUCUAUGCAAUAAUGUUUGUAAGUAAAUAUUACACUAAAAUUAGAGAAUUGUCAAUAUAUAUGCUGCUUUGAUAAUAAAAUUCUUCCAUUUCAGAAUCCUUAAUUUCUACCCUCAUUUUGUUAAUGGGCUUCCUAUAGUUUAUGGUCUGCUGAUGUGUCCUUAUCUUGGAGACCUUUUUGUCUUUAGCUGAGAAAGCAAUCAUUUUCAUGACUGCUUUUUGUUUCUCAUUGAAAUAGUGGACAAUUAUUGGUAUCUCUUGAAGCACAGAAACAAAUGUGACAUACUGAGUUUCCUCAAACUCCCAAUGAAAUGUAGCCACUGAAGUGCCUUCUUUGUAAUUGCAACAAUAUGUUGGACCCAGGAUAGAUCCUCAGAGAUGGCGACAACGAGGAACUUAAAACUGUUCACUCUAUCCACUUUUGAUCCCUCAAUGAGGACCGGUGUGUGUUGCCUCAACUUCCCCUUCCUGAAGUCCACAGUCUAUUCCUUGGACUUACUAUUGAGUGCAAGGUUGUUGCAACAUCACUCAACCAGCUGAUCUGUCUCACUCCAGUACGCCUCCUCAUCACCAUCUGGAAUCCUCCCAACAAUAGUUGUGUCAUUGGCAAAUUUACAGAUGGCAUUUGAGCUGUGCCUAGCUACAGAGUCAUGGGAUUAGACAGAGUAGAGCAGUGGGCUAAGUAUGCAUCAUUCAGGUGUGUCAACGUUGAUUUGUCAGCGGGGAGGACAUGUUAUUUCUGAUCCACACCUGUAUAAGCUGUCCCUACAACCUUGCACUGUGGACACUGGAUGAAGGACAGUGUUUUCUUCAUUGAGUUAAUCACAGGGGCAUUUGAUGUUUACCUCAGUGUACGGAUGUGGCAAGAGUACAGAACAGAGAGCAUAGAGUCCUGUAUUCGCACAACUAUGUAAGAUGAACCUCGCCAAUGACCACUGCAUACAUUUCCAGAGCUUCUUGGCAAAUGUAUAUUCCAGAAGGAGAUGGACCAGAUUUCAUCCUCCUACUCCUUGCUGUCAUAACAAAGGCUGUGUAUGGUGGGACUGAGGAGCCAGCUGCACAUGAAGAAUCUCUUAGCGAAAGCCUUCAAAUUCAACCCCGUCCAUCUGGGUGGAUGUAACCUGGGGUUAGCACCAUGGAUGUAAUCAUGACGAAGGUACACUGUCUCUACUUUGUGAGAAGUUUAAGGAGAUUUGAUAUGAUAUCAAAGACCCUGACAGUCUUUUACAGAUGUACAGUGGUAAGCAUUCUGACUGCAUCAUGGUUUGAUGCUACGGAAAAUCCAAUGCACAGGAAAGCAAGAGGUUACAGAGAGUAGUGGAGUAGUGCUCCCAGCUACUUCUGUCAGAAUCGAAAUCAUCCACAAGCAAUAUUUCUGGGGCGCUCACCAUCCAGGCUAUGUUGUCUUCUCAAAGCAGUCAUCAGGCAGGAGGUAAGGAGUCUGCAGACCUUAAGGCAUAGCAGCAGAAUUAGGCCACUUGGCCCAUUGAGACUGCUCUAACCAUGUUAGUAACUUUCCUGUAAUACCAUGGGCUCUUAACUUGAUAAGCAGCCUCAGGUUUGGCACUUUGUCAAAGGCCUUCUAAAAGUCCAAAUGUAGAACAUUCACUGCAUUCCCUUUAUCUAUCCUACUCGUAAUCUCCUCAAAGAAUUCCAACAGGUUCAUCAGGCAAGAUUUUCCCUUAAGGAAGCUGCCAACUUUGUCCUAUCUUUUCCCAUGUCACUCAGUACUCCACAAACUCAUCCUUACCAAUUGGCUCCAACAUCUUCCAAACCACUGAGGUCAGGCUAACUGGUCUAUAAUUUCCUUUCUGCUGCCUUUCUCCUUUCUUAAAGAGUGGAGUGACAUUAAACCAAUACUAAUAAUUGACUAUUUCCCCUCACAGAAAUGAAACAAAAAUUCUCUGGGUGCCCUUCUGGUAGACUUGUUACAUGAAUGAAACUCCAUUUUCUCUCUCCAUCACUUCUUGCUGCUGCAAUGUUUUUUCUUGGAAAAGAAAAAGUUGAAAUUAAGUCAUCUGGUGCCUGGUCCCUUGCAAUGCUCCUACCACUGAAGCAAACCAUGGUAAGCACUGGCUGCAUGCAUCACUCACAUUAAUUGGAAGCUAGUAUGUUUGAUGAGAUCAAUCAUGGCUAUGAUCUCUGUACCCAUUCUAACAGCUAGUCUAGUUUAAAUUAGCUUUGCUGUACUUCCCAUACUCAGUAACCUUUCCCAGUUUACAUUAAUGUAUAAAUCAGCCAACACUGCCAUAAUCUGUACUGACCAUUAGCAAAUUUAUAUUAUACUUGAGGCUCUAAAGGAAAAGGUGUAAAGCGGGGUGACUGCUUGCAACAUUGGUUUUAUUGGCAUUGAAAUCUCAUUAUUUCCCAUUUGUCUGAGUGCUUCCAUAAGCAAUCUUCUAUUCCAACAUCUUACAUUCAAUAAGCCACAAAACCUAGCAAAAUGGAAAUUUGAUACUAGCCCUCACAAGCGGGACUGUGUCUAGGAGUCAUAUUUCCUGCCAACCCAGCUGAAGGUUUACAUUUGCCUUCUUAUCCAGCUUAUUUUCUGGCUCCAGUCAGACCCAGAUUGAAUUUCUGUUUACGUACCCAGGAUAAGCUAUGACCAGACUUGCGUGUUCAUCAGCAUUCAUUCCAAUCUCCACCUCCAUUACAUCCACCCACUGGGUAAAAGGUUAUAGAGAGAUAAGAUAAAAUAGGAGCAAAAUCAGGGCAUUCCAUCAAGGCUGAUUUUCCCUCUCAACCCCAUUCUUCUGCUUUCUCUCUGUAACCUUUCACAUCCUCACUAAUCAGAAACCCAUCACCCUCCACUUUAAAUAUGCCCAAUGACUUAACAUGCACAGCUGUCUUUGCCAAUACCUUUCAGAGACUCACUACUCUCUAGCUAAAGAAACUCCUUCUCACCUGUUCUAAAAGGACAGCCUUUAGAGUUUGAGGGCUGUGGCCUCUGAAACCUAUUGUGGGGGAGUCUGGGACCAAAGAGAUUUUCCCCAACCAGCUCUUCUAAGCUCUAGCAAGCAGAGCCUCAGCAACAAACUCUCCCAAUAUAUUAAGUUCUCACUUCCAGACCUAUUAAUUCAGGAACCAAUUCAGGGAUGGUGUUUGGCUGAUCAACUAUAAUUUCUGUCAGUAAGCAUCAUACCUUCAAUGAGCUGGAGCUCCCUUGUUUAAAGUUGUAUGAAGAAAUUUCUAAAAGGCUUAUAGAAUUUCCUGCUUCCCCUGUUUUGAUGUUGAUCACAUACUGGGGCAAAAGAAAAAUGCUUUUGAGCAACAAAUGGCUUCUGUAGAGCCUCAAUAUCUCAGCUCAAUAGCAAGGACAGAUCUCAAGUUCCUGUUAGCACCUAAUUGAGGUAUGUCUAUUGUAUCAUCUCAUCUACUUGGGACUUAACAAUAUGGCAAAAAAAUACACUAAGAUGCUCUACAUUAAGACAGUUGAGACAAUCUUUAGUUUUGUAUUCCAUUGCCCUACCGCUAGCAUAGUCAAAUCCUCCUCAGUGCUCAAGCCUUAGUUUUGAGGACUUGUGCACAAAAGGUGACACCAUACUAUUGGCAGCUCCAAGCUCAGCACUCACUCACUUUUUCCCACAACCAAAAGAACCGCGUUACCUUCUCCCCGAUAUACAACAUCGACCUGCUGUUCAUGUCACAACUUGCUCUGUGGCACUAGCAAAUCUAACAGCCAGGCUCUGCAAUUCAUCCAAAUUUGCUUCAGAUAGAGAACAGAGGUACAGCACCAAUCCCUGUAGCACAACCAGCUGCAGAUGCUGCAUGUCAAAUUACAUUGCUCAAGAACUCAGAAGGUAUAACUUUUGCUAAAAAUAUUUCCAAUCUCUCCCACCUUGUUUUAAAAGUAAUGCACAUACAAAACUCAAGAUGCCAUUUCAGGCAAUUCUUGAGAUGGGAAAAUAGCUAAAGAGACUUUAUUUUUAGACCCCAAACAUUGUCAUGUUAGAUGUGUUAUGUCGGUUCUUAAUCUUUAAUUGCACUAUGGAAAGUAAAGGAAAUGCAUCACCUGUGCAGACCUAGGAGCUGAAGUCAGCAACUUUUAAAGAUGCCCUCUGUUGAUUUACAUCCAAAUCAAAAACAAAUUGAGAAUCAAGUUUACAAACACCAAAAAGAAAAAUACAAUUUUUAUUGAGGUAAUCUUUUUCUUGGCCACUGCCAUCCAGUUAUCUGCACCUUACAGAUGGCUGAAUUCAAAAUACAAAAACAGCUCUUUCAUUAGCAAUAACUAACAUACCAUGAGCACACAACUUGAGUGAGUUAAAGUAUCCCAAACUCUGCUGCAGCUGACCUCAUUGGCACUAAUAGGAGCAUGACAAAUUAUUGAGUUUUGGAUGGAAGAGAAAUAACAUCUUUAAUACAUUUGUACCAUCAAGACUAUUUGGAAAAGUAAACAGGAUCAAUAUAACAAUCUUUCAGCACAUCAUUAACUUCUGUACAGAUGUGGCGGUCAUUUCAGAAUAUCCUGUAUAAUUAUAAAUACUUCAAAAGAAACCAUGGCAAAGCAGACAAAGAUUUUUUCCAACCUGUUGCAGGAAUAAAUAUUUCAGAACUAAAUCUUCCAGUUUACAUGCAUGAUUAGCAGGAGUAUUUAAACUGUAUUCACAACAGUUUAGAGACAAACUAAGUUGCUUACAAUGUUAAUCAUGCCAAUUAAUCUUAUGAAAACAAUCUAGAUUUCGCACAGCCUUGCAAUCUUGGUGAACAAAGGCCUAUUGUUACAUGAUUUAUAUGCAUUUGAUCAGUAUGUAACCAGUUAGAACCCAAUAAAU